AACUUUUUGAUAGUUUCCAUGGAUAUUGCAGAGCUGAACCGCUGUUUCGGCUGAUUAGAUGCCGGUGCUGUGGUACAAGUGGGAGGAGACCAGCUUGACCCAUUGGGUCGAUGGGCAUUGUUAAAUGCCCUUGUAGCAAAGCAAUUCUGGCAAUAAGGAAAUGGAAAAGCUAUAAAUAUCUAGGAAGCUUCCAUUCCCAAUUUAAGUUUGUGCCAUGAGAGCUGUCAUUCAGGCACAUUCAAAUUCUUCAAACUUGAGCUCCCUGUCUCUCAAUCCAAGUCUGUCAGCACUUUGUUUUUGAAGCUUAAAGACAGGCAUAUACAAUACCUAGUUGGUGAAUCAUAAGCAAAACAACUUCGAAAUGACGCCCUCCCUCCCCAAAACCUACAAAGCCCUUGUCCUCACUGGGCCAAACUCCCCCAUCGAGCUCCAAGAUGUCCCCCUAAAACACCCCGAGGCCAGCCAGGUUCUCGUCAAGGUCAUCGCCUGCGGCGUGUGCUGGUCCGACAUGGAAGUCGCACACGGCCACAUGGGCGACGUCUUCCCCCGUAUCCCAGGCCACGAAAUCGUCGGCGACAUUGUCGAGCUCGGCUCCGACGUGAAGAAUCUCGAAUUGGGCCAGCGCGUGGGCGGGCCGUGGCACGGAGGGCACGACGGCGUGUGCCGCGAGUGUCAACGCGGCGAGUUCCAGUACUGUAAGAACGAGCUCAUCAACGGCGUGUCCCGCGACGGCGGCUACGCUGAAUACGUCCUGCUGCGAGCCGAGGCCGUAGUCCGCAUCCCCAAGGAAAUCGACCCUGCCGAGGCCGCACCGCUGCUAUGCGCCGGCGUCACCGUCUUCAACGGCAUCCGCAAGCAAAAAGUCGAGCAGGGCCGCCUGGUCGCCAUCCAGGGUCUCGGCGGGCUGGGCCACUUGGCCGUCCAGUUUGCCAGCAAGAUGGGCUACGAGGUGGCAGUGCUGUCCCACGGCAGCGACAAGGAGUCGUUUGCCAAGCAGCUGGGUGCGCACCACUACAUCGACACGGGCAAGGCCGACGGUCCUGCCGAGCUGGCCAAGAUGGGCGGUGCCUCCAUCAUCGUCCAGACGGCGCCCAAUCCAAAGGUUGUCGGCGCCUUGGCUGAUGGCCUCGCUCCCAAUGGCAAGAUCCUGAGCUUGGCCCCGGUUGGCUCUGUCGAUAUCAACACUGUGACGCUGAUUAUGAAGGGCGCCAGCGUGCAAGGCUGGGCGAGUGGCCAUGCGUUGGAUAGCGAGGAGGCCAUUCAGUUCGCCAUGACGCACGGGGUCAAGUGCAUGAUUGAGCGGUACAAAUUCAGCGACGUCAAGAAGGCCAUCGACAGCCUGGAAGCCGGCAAGCCGCGGUUUAGGAAUGUUUUGAUAAUGUAAUGAAAUGCUGAUAUUGUUAGCUGUUAGCUGUUGGUAUUGGUGUUGGUGUUGGGAGUUGGAAUUUAAUACUGGGGGGAGAAUCGACGAAUGGGUAAAAGAAAAAAGAAAGAGCGGUAGGGCCAUACCCGUGCCAACUUGAGCACAUAUUUGUGUCUUAAGGAAUUAGAGGGAGCACCCGAGUAGCAUACCUAAAUGAUUUUACAAUGAUGCAGUGUAACUACUCAAUCAAUAAAAAAAGCAUUUGGAUUUUGUUCUACAA